GGGUACUUGGUGUUUCUGUUUAGUGUAGUUAGUGUUGUUUUUUCCAUGUUUAUUUUACCUAUGCAACAAAUAAUAAACAAAAAUACAAUAUAACAAAUCUACAAUUAGCUUUUAUUAAUGUUUUCCUACAAAAACAAUGGUUUGUCGUUUAUGUUUUUCUGAGAAGUCUGAUGACUAUAUUGAUAUAUUUAGUGAAGACAAAAUAUCAAGAUACAUAAAACAAUUCUUAGAGUUAGAGAUUAAUGAAAAUGAUCCAGUUUCUAAACUUAUUUGUACUGUAUGCUGGCAACAGUUGAAAGAUUUUCAAAACUUCUACACACAAAUUAAAGAGGCCCAAAGAAGACCUCUUGUAAAAAUGAAAAAAGAACUGUCUGUGGGUGAAAAGGAGUUGGUCGAAGUGGAUGAUUCUGCAUUCGAGUAUGUUAGCACGGAAAUAGAUGAUCAAGAAUUGAACGAAUCUUCAGAGAUAACAAUGCAUAAUGAGGGUGAACUCCAGGAACAAAUCGUACCCGAUAAUUAUAGUGACAUGAAAAGUACCACUGAUCCUCCUCCAAAUCAUUUGAAGAAAAAAUCUCGUCAUUCCAAAACAUUAUCAAAGACAACACGUUCUUUUAAAAAUGAAUCUGAAAGAAAAUUCUUUGUUGAAUUGAUGAAAAGAGAAGAGGUCAUUUGGAACAGAACGCAUACCCUUCAUUCCAGUUCCCGUGCUUUAACUGAAGCUUGGAAACGUAUUUCAUUAUCGAUGCCAACUCAAAAAACAGUUCAUGAAUGUAAAGUGAUGUGGAAAAGCUUAAGGGACGCACUGCGUUAUGAAAGAAGAAAAGCUGCCAGUGGGGUUGAUCAGGGUCAUGAUCUAAGAAAUUUACUAUAUUUUGUUUCUGCAACAAAUGGACAGAGAAAAGGCAAGAACCUCACAGUUUCCUCAACAAAAAAACCCGAAAGCACGGAUGAAACUCCAAGUAAAAACACUGGGAAGUGCAGAUUUGAUGGUAGAAAAAAGUAUAAGAUUCAAAACUACCAUUUGUUCGAUACCUCCGCGGCCCCAUGGUCGGAUAGAACCUGUGAGAAUAGUGUAAGUGAUGUUUCGGCAUAUUCCGAAGGCCCAUCAAAACACUUCUCCAAUAAUGUUACGUUUGAAGCUGCCGCCGCUGAUAGACCACACAGUACGUCGGGAAUUUUUACAAUUUCAACGGCACCGAGUAAUAAUAUGGAAGUUAUGAAUGAACCACCGCCAGAAGAAUACAAAUCAAGUGCUAACAACUUUUAUGGUGAUGUUAAAAGUGAAUUCAAAGAUGAGGUUUCCGAUCUAGUUGGAAGUAUAUCGAAAGCGUUGAAUCGUUUAGUUACUAUUGCAACAACUCAAACACAAAUGAAACCGAAUACCAUUGAAUUUAAAUAUGAAUAUAUUUGGAAGUUAAUUGAAUGUCUUUAUGCUCAAAUGGAUCAAACAACUAUAAAUGAUUUAAAUCAGAGAAUAAUUAAUAUGGUUUAUGAAGGUUGUAAAAUAAAUGUAUACUAAAAUUA